GAAGGUCGACCAACGCGUUCGUCCAGCAAACGAGGGAAUCGCAGUGAUUUAAAAAAGAAGCGAAACAACGGCCAUUGAGCCACGCAAGAUACUUUUUAUUUGUUUGGUGACAGUGAGAGUGGCGGUGCUGAAUGAAAUUCGGCCGCAAAAGUGAAGAAUAUAGCCAACACUUGAUAUACUAGCAGUACUUUGAGAGUGCAGCGGAGAGCGAGAGUAAAUCUCUCAAAAUAUUUAAUUAUACAUCCACACAAAUUGCCAAACUGGAGAACCUAAACACAAUGGAGGGUGGCGAGUCCACGGAGUCCACACACAACACCAAGGUGUCCGACUCGGCAUAUUCGAACAGCUGCAGCAACAGUCAGUCGCAGCGCAGUGGCAGUUCCAAGUCCCGGCUGAGCGGCAGCCACUCCUCCGGCAGCAGCGGCUAUGGCGGCAAGCCGUCGACGCAGGCCAGCAGCAGCGACAUGAUCAUCAAGCGGAACAAGGACAAGUCGCGCAAGAAGAAGAAGAACAAGGGGACGGGGCAGACGCAGGUGCAGUCCCUGAUCUCGGCAGCGGCGUCCUUGGAGGGGGCGGAGGAGAAGCCGCGGCCCAGUGGCAGUGGCUGCGGGGAUCAGCAGAUCCUGCAGGAUCAGCAGCACGGCGAGGAUCGCAACGAGCCGGAGGCCACGGAGCAGCUGCAGCGGGAGGAGGAGGAGGAGGAUCAGUCCGAGUCCGAGUCGGAGGCGGAUCGCGGUGAGGGCGUGACCAAGUCGGACACGACACAGAGCUUUCCCAUCCCGCCGCCCCUCACCGUGACCAUAGUCCCGCCCUCGAUGGGCGGCGGCGUGGGCGGAUGCGGGGGCGUGGGCCACGCCUCCGGCCUGGACAGCGGCCUGGGAAGGUUCGAGAAGACCUGGGAGUCGGGUGCGGGCAAGCUGGAGUCCAUGGCGGGCGUGGGGGCUGGCGGCGGUGCAGCGGGGGAGCGGGCCAAGGAGGACAGCUUCUGCUGCGUGAUCUCCAUGCACGACGGCAUCGUCCUGUACACCACGCCCAGCAUCACCGAUGUCCUGGGCUUUCCACGCGACAUGUGGCUGGGCAGGUCCUUCAUAGACUUUGUGCACAUCAAGGAUCGGGCCACGUUCGCCAGCCAGAUAACCACUGGGAUUCCCAUCGCCGAGUCGCGGGGCAGUAUGCCCAAAGACGCGAAGAGCACAUUCUGCGUGAUGCUGCGUCGCUAUCGGGGAUUGAAGUCGGGUGGAUUCGGGGUGAUCGGCCGCCCGGUGAGCUACGAACCCUUCCGCCUGGGACUCACCUUCAGGGAGGCCCCCGAGGAGGCGCGGCCCGAUAACUACAUGGUCUCCAACGGCACCAACAUGCUGCUCGUCAUCUGCGCCACUCCGAUCAAGAGCAGCUACAAGGUUCCCGACGAGAUCCUCUCCCAGAAGAGCCCCAAGUUCGCCAUCAAGCACACGGCCACCGGGAUCAUAUCGCAUGUGGACAGCGCGGCGGUGAGUGCGUUGGGCUACCUGCCUCAGGACCUCAUCGGACGCAGCAUCAUGGACUUCUACCACCACGAGGACCUCACCGUCAUGAAGGACACCUACGAGACGGUGAUGAAGAAGGGCCAGACGGCCGGCGCCUCCUUCUGCAGCAAGCCGUACCGCUUCCUCAUCCAGAACGGCUGCUACGUCCUCCUGGAGACAGAGUGGACCAGCUUCGUCAAUCCGUGGUCCCGCAAACUGGAGUUCGUCGUCGGACAUCAUAGAGUCUUUCAGGGACCCAAACAGUGCAACGUUUUCGAGGCGGCGCCCACGUGCAAGAUCAAGAUAUCGGAGGAGGCACAAAGCCGGAAUACGCGGAUCAAGGAGGAUAUCGUGAAGCUCCUGGCGGAAACGGUGUCCCGGCCGUCGGAUACCGUCAAGCAGGAGGUCUCCCGCCGCUGCCAGGCACUCGCCAGCUUCAUGGAGACCCUCAUGGACGAGGUGUCCCGGGCGGAUCUCAAGCUGGAGCUGCCGCACGAGAACGAGCUGACCGUCUCCGAGCGGGAUAGCGUGAUGCUCGGCGAGAUCUCGCCGCACCACGACUACUAUGACAGCAAGAGCUCCACGGAGACGCCGCCCAGCUACAACCAGUUGAACUACAACGAGAAUCUGCUGCGGUUUUUCAACAGCAAACCGGUCACGGCGCCGGCGGAGCUCGAUCCGCCCAAGACGGAGCCGCCGGAGCCGCGGGACACCUGUGUCAGUGGGACCAGUGGACCCAUGAGUCCCGUGCACGAGGGCAGUGGAGGCAGUGGCUCCUCCGGCAACUUCACCACCGCCAGUAAUAUACACAUGAGCAGUGUGACCAAUACGAGCAUUGCGGGCACUGGUGGAACCGGAACUGUGACGGGAACAGGGACGGGAACGGGGACUGGGACUGGAACUGGAACUGGGACCGGAACUGGGACGGGAACGGGUACAGGAACAGAUACGGGAACGGGUACAGGAACUGGUACGGGAACAGGUACGGGAACCGGUACAGGAACGGGUACAGGUACAGGUACAGGUACAGGAACAAGAAUUGGCACCGGAACAGAGACCGAAACGACGGUCACCGGCACGGGUAAUGAAACCAAUUCGGGCACAACCAGCUCCUCCAAAGGCGGAGGUGCCGCCACACCACCCGUUACCCUCACCGAAUCCCUGCUGAACAAGCACAACGACGAGAUGGAGAAGUUCAUGCUGAAGAAGCACCGCGAAUCGCGUGGACGCACUGGGGAGAAGAGCAAGAAGUCCGCCAACGACACUCUGAAGAUGCUGGAGUACAGUGGCCCGGGGCACGGCAUCAAAAGGGGCGGCUCCCACUCGUGGGAGGGCGAGGCCAACAAGCCCAAGCAGCAGCUGACCCUGGGAGCAGAUGCGGUCAAGGCGGCGGCAGGAAGUGGAGGAGGUGGAGGAGCAGCGGGCUCUGGCGGCACGGGUUCUGGCGGGGCCGGUGUGGCUGGCGGAGGAGGAACAGGAGCCGGGGGAGCUGUAACGCCGGAGGGCAGGAACACGACUACCUCGGGAGCGGGAAUCCCCGGCGGAGGAGCAGGGGGAGCGGUGGCAGGAGCCACCUCCUCGGUGGGGAGCUCCACGCCCGGACCCUCGUCCUAUCCCUCCUGCACGCAGAACAUCAAUCUCUGGCCGCCCUUCUCGGUGGGCAUCACCCCGCCCGUCCACUCCACGCACACGGCGAUGGCCCCCAGCAGCUUCUCCUCCGCCGGCCUCUUCCCGACCUUCUACUACAUCCCCGCCUCCCUGACGCCCACCAGUCCCACCCGUUCGCCACGGAUCCACAAGCAUCCGCACAAGAGCGGCGUGGAGCUGCCCACCACCUCGCAGCAGGCGGCAGCAGCGGCCGCCCAGGCCAUGCCGCUCCAGUACAUGGCCGGCGUGAUGUACCCGCAUCCCUCUCUCUUCUACACACAUCCUGCAGCGGCGGCCGCCACGGCCAUGAUGUACCAGCCGAUGCCCUUCCCCGGCAUGGCCAACGCCCUCCAGAUGCCGGAGCAGCCGAUGGGUUCCCAGUCGGCCUACAACAAGACGGUGUACACGGCCGCGCCAGCGUCCAUGACGAAGAAGGUGCCGGGGGCCUUCCACUCGGUCACCACUCCCGCCCCGGUGGAGCGGCCCUCCUCGCAGACCACCUCCGUGAAGGCGGAGCCGGGAUCCAAUGUGGCGGUGUCCGAUUCCUGCAAGAAGGAGGUGCCCGGCUCCUCGCCCAUUCCCUCCGUGAUGAACGACUACAACUCCGACCCGCCCGGCAGCAGCAAUCCCCCCAACAACAAGAAAUACACGGACAGCAAUGGGAACAGCGAUGACAUGGACGGCUCCAGCUUCUCCUCGUUCUACUCCUCCUUCAUCAAGACCACGGACGGAUCGGAGAGUCCGCCGGACACCGAAAAGGACCCCAGGCACCGCAAGCUGAAGAGCAUCAGCGCCUCGGAGAGCAAGAUCAUGGAGCACCCGGAGGAGGAUCAGACGCAGCACGGGGAUGGGUAGGACCCAUAGCCACCUGCAGUUGCUGCUGACAGACGUGCUCGAACGGGGGCACCAUGUCGAUCCAUAGGACCAACCAAGCAGCAGACAUCGCAGAGCAGGGAUCCCAGAAACGAUUCUCUGAGGUUACGAACAUCUUCCUGGGAUAUCUAUUAUCUGCAUCUGAUCGAACUGGUGAAGCUUUCACAAUAAAACUAAUCGAGGAGGUCUCGAACGAUCCCUAAAAAAUAAAAACAAGCAGAGGAAAAUGUAGAUCUCAAACCAAGAAAAGCGCGAAGUGGAAAUCGACUUCAUAUUUGUAUCAAACAUUUUAAAUGUUCUGUUAACAAUCCAUCUCAGCUUUAAACAUUUCAUUUAAGUUGUAAGAAACUUUUUAACUUAUUUGUCAUUCAGUGUAAUAAAUUCUAAAAAACCAAA